ACCCUUCCAGACUGGUUGCUAUCACGGUUCGCGGCGGCGUUUGUUUAUGUCCGUCUAAUCGGAGCGUUGUUUUUGGAUUUUUUUUAAUUUCACCGUUGUGUCGUUUUCUCCUUUACCGCAAAUGCGUUAGCCACACUAGCGUCGCGUAAAUCGUUACGGAUUUAUUAUAAUAAUUACGAUCGCAUUCAGACGGGCGCGCGCCCCGUACAUGCGAAAUAAUAAUAACAACACAAAAGCGUUCCCUCUUCCGUCCUCCGACUCCUCCCGGUCAUCAACGCCACAGUCGGACCGACUGUAGUUAUCAACGCGAUGUCUUUCUGGCGAUAAAAUUAAACAAAUAUUCAUCAUUUGCAACGAUAUUUUUUGAUCGUUCUAGUCCUUGUUAACUGUUUUUAAUACUAAUAUUAGCGAUACGGUUGUUGCGUUUCGAACAAUAUUCCAGUGAUUUUGCUCGCAACUUAUCGCAGCUUGACCAGUCGCAUGCAAACACGCAUGUUCACCGUGUUCGAAUCGUGAGAUAUGCAAUUGUCAACAACGCCAUCAACACUGGUCCGAACGUACACACGCCAACAGUAAUAACGUCCAUUACUAGACUACACCAACGACUGCAUUGACGCUGUCACUCCUGACAUAACGAACAAAACUAGCAUUAACUCUUAAAAUGGCUGUACAUGGAUCUACACCAAAACGUAAAGAAAUUUACAAACAUGAAGCUCCUUGGCCAUUGUACAGUAUGAACUGGUCAGUACGACCCGACAAGCGAUUUCGAUUAGCCAUUGGAAGUUUUGUGGAGGAGUACAAUAAUAAAGUACAAAUUGUAUCGUUGGAUGAAGAAGUAUCAGAAUUCAGUCCUAAAAGCACAUUUGACCAUCCUUAUCCAACAACAAAAAUUAUGUGGAUUCCUGAUAGUAAAGGAGUCUUUCCUGAUUUGCUUGCUACGAGUGGGGAUUAUUUGCGAAUUUGGAGAGCAGGUGAACCAGAAACAAGACUUGAAUGCAUUCUUAAUAAUAAUAAAAACUCAGACUUUUGUGCUCCAUUGACAUCAUUUGACUGGAAUGAAGUUGAUCCUAACUUAAUUGGUACAUCAAGUAUUGAUACUACUUGUACAAUUUGGGGUCUUGAAACAACCCAGAUUGUUGGGCGAAUAAAUUCUGUUGCUGGUCAUGUAAAAACUCAAUUAAUUGCUCAUGAUAAAGAAGUAUAUGAUAUAGCUUUUAGUCGUGCCGGAGGUGGCCGAGAUAUGUUUGCUUCAGUUGGAGCUGAUGGUUCAGUAAGAAUGUUUGAUCUACGGCAUUUAGAGCAUUCUACUAUAAUUUAUGAAGAUCCUCAGCACUCUCCAUUACUUAGGCUUGCUUGGAACAAGCAAGAUCCUAAUUACCUUGCCACUGUAGCAAUGGAUGCUUGUGAAGUCAUUAUAUUAGAUGUCAGAGUUCCUUGUACUCCUGUCGCUAGAUUAAACAACCAUAGAGCCUGUGUUAACGGAAUCGCAUGGGCUCCUCAUUCAUCUUGUCAUAUAUGCACUGCAGGUGAUGAUCAUCAAGCCUUGAUAUGGGAUAUACAACAAAUGCCAAGAGCCAUAGAAGAUCCUAUUUUAGCAUAUACUGCUGCAGAAGGUGAAAUUAAUCAAAUUCAAUGGGGUGCCACUCAGCCAGAUUGGAUCGCCAUUUGUUAUAACAAAUCUUUAGAAAUUUUGAGAGUGUAGUAAUACUAUUGGACUGUUGUAAACACAUUAUAGUUUUAUUUUUUUAAAUUUUCUUACAUUCUUUACUUCAAUAUAUACUCAUUAAUGCAUAUUUUGUUUACAAAAAAAAAAAAAAAAAACGUAAAGAUUUUUAUUUGUUUUUAAUGAUUUA